AUGCGCCACGAAGCGACGACUAGUCUAUACAAGGGCACAGCCAUGCUAAAAAUAUGCUGCUUCGCGUUGGUGGCGUUGCUUCCCACGACGGCGGUGUCCGCCUCCCAGUUUACGACGACGGACGGGUGCAACUUCACUUUCAGCGAUGGACAGUUGCCGAACUUCCGCUUGCCGGAGGCAGGGCCAAACAGCCCUGGUGACGUCCAGCUCAACCUCGGGAACAACAUCAUCACACGAGGAUGGGUGGAGGAAGAUGAAAACGGAACGCUGCACAGCUGCAACGGUGAAUCGAGUGCUUACCAUGUAGGGGACGACACGUGGAACACCACAUACAUUGGGAACGAUGGCGACGAGCUCGAAGUUGACGUGUUCUACGCGACCUACCAAAACCAGCUCUGGGUCCGCCACCUCCAGCCCCACAUGGACCCAAGUCUGUACGAGGCCCUCAACGACACCACGAUCCGGCUGAACAUCACAUGCGCGAAGAUGGACCAUUCUAGCUCGCUGCAGAACGGCUGCCUCGAGUUCACGGUCAACUUCACAGAGGCCACACCCUACAACUACACCGAACCAUACGAGUUCGUCGACGACUGCUCUCACGGAUUUUCCAGCGGUGAACAGGUGCAGUCCGUUGUAGUGCACGCGGCGUCACCCAUAGGGCCCACGAGCUCGGCUUCCCUGGGCGUCGGAAACGCGCUCAUUUUGGCCGGAAAGGCAGACCAGGGUCUCCCCUGGUCAGAGGGGUUUAAUGAGGACGGCAGCCGGAAAGAUGACGAGUUCUGGAGUGAUUGGUGGGCCACUGUCGAUAGUCGGUACGUUAGUACCGAAGAGAGCGUCGUAAGUUGGUGA